GUGUUGUGGCACGGAUAAAAUUGUUGCUAGAGGAAGUGAUACAUGCUAAGAAGGUUUAUAACGUUAUAAUACCGCACUCGUUAUGCGGUCAGUUGGACAGAAAGGCUCCUCGCUAAAGCUACCAGUGUGAACGCCUCAGCUAAGCUCAUCUAGAUCCCUUAUUACACUGAAGAAACUAUGUAGUUAUACUAUCAGGACAGAGAGAUCACCCAGUGAAUCAGUGUAUCUAUUUUCAUAAUGAGCCGGGACGUCCCAAUCCACAGCUGGCCCGGUUCCUAUUACAUCAACAGUGAGAAGCGGUGGGAAAAUGGCACUCUGUCCCUCACCAGGACCAUGGUGCGCUUCGUCUCUAACCAGAGUAAGGAGAGUCUUGCCAGCUUCCGUCUCUCCAGGAUCAUGGAGAUCAAGAUGGAGUCAUCUAGUUUUAUCUUCAGCACUCUCACAGUGCUUGAAGAGGGCAAUGUGAAACACUGGUUUGGCUCCCUUAAGCCCAACAGGGUGGUGGUUUAUAAUGUCUUAGAGCAUUUCUGGAGAGAACGUCUUUUGUCCCCCAGCUCAGAGGCCCGGGGAGCAGAAUGUAGACCCUCUAAAGGCAGAGAGCUGAUCAGCCUGGUAGCAGGGGCCCAGAGAAGACUGGAGGACACCAGCAGUGUCCUCAGCCACCAAGGAGAACAGUUUGACAAUAUGAUGCAGGGACUGGAGAAGAUUGACUCAGAUCUGGGCGUGGCUGAUAAACUUUUGUUAGAGCUGGAGUCUCCCUCCUGGUGGCCUUUUGGUAAACUUCCUUGGAAGACUCAGCAGGAAGCCAAGGCUCAGGACGCUGCAAGAGCUGGAGCUGCUGCUGCUUCUGCUGCUGGCAAAGGGUCCAGUAGAAAUAAGGUGAUCGCAAGCAUCCCAGCUGUAGUGACCAAAGGCGGGGACUCAGACUUAAAACCCGGAUGCUUGUUGGUGCUGGUGUCUUCAGUGGAAGUGCGAGACACAAACUGUCAACUCCUUCACCGUUUUGAACGAAAUGACAUCGAUGAAAUCAGGGUGCACAGUCCGUAUGAGAUCACUGUUAGACAGCGGUUUAUUGGGAAGCCAGAUAUCUGCUACAGGUUCCUGUCUGCCAAGAUGCCAGAGGCAAUGUCAGUGUUAGAGAUGCAGUACAAAAAGAAAGUGGAGUUCACAAAUGAAUACAGUGCUUUCAAAGCAACUCCAGUUUCAUCUCUGUGUGAUGCAGAGGGGCCAAACUGGAAUGAAGGUUUGCUGCAGAGCUGCCAAGACACAGAGCUCCCACUGGAGGUCCCAGCAGGAGAGCUGUCCCAGUUGCAGGUGCAGGUCCUCCAGCCAUCUGUCAGUCAGGCUGAGGCCCAAGAACUCAAACAGAUGCUGAUGCAGCUGAAGAACCUUGCCCUGGAAGCAGAGACAGAGCUGGAACGACAGGAUGAUGUUCUGGAUGAACUAACCAGCUCCACUGACCGAGCCACCAUGCACAUAGAGAAGCACACCUGCCGCAUGAAAAGACUCCUGUAGUUCUGACAGUCCAGAAGACGCAUGCAGUCACCAUGUCCUUCCUGAGAAAUGCGUUUUAAGCUUCCUCAUUGCCCUCACAGGAUUGGUACAAUGUGAGAACAGCAGUUGGGACUUGCAUUUACUCAAAAUUUGAUUUUUCUGCAAUCACAUAAGCACAUGGGUUCAAGUGUCCGUGAUUUCUGGGAAGUGCAGCAAAGUUUGCGUAAUACUAAAGAUGUCCCCCCAAAUCUGUGACAGUUGGAAACUUUCCUCCCCUGAAAAACAAUCCCAUAUGUCAAUUGUACAAACAGCAAUUACGACUCAUAUUUACAUUUAUUGUUUGGCAGUGCCCUAGUGGCCGCAGUAACUAUGACGGGAGCAAAGCAGGAAGUAAGGUGACAAAGUAUAAGAGUGGCAAACUCUGUAAGGAGGCAGGUUGGGGUGGUGGAUGGGUGUGACAAGAGACUGGAGUUUGUGUCCCGAUUGAAAACCCACACCAUAAUAGUUUUUUAAUCCUAAGAAGUUUUGGUGCCUAAACCCAACAAAACUGCAACCGAAUUCACAACAUUAACGACCGUUAAGCUUAGGGAUAAGGAUGGAAAAUGCUCCUGUGGGUUGUAUUUUCUGCCACCAUUAGGGGCGCUGAUGUGUCUAACACUCCUGUAGGUCGUUUAAGAUGGUGGUCCUAUGGCUUAGAGGACUAGUUGUAAAUUUGUCUUUCAGAUUAUGAUCUAAAAUGUCUUUAUUGUUUUAUUUUAUUAUUUUAUUUCAAUUACAAUUACAAAUACAAUCAUAUGUGACUGAGAUAAAAGCUGUCUCUAUGAAGGGUAAGGUCUCCGCUGUGCCCGUGGCUAGCAUUGUUAGCAUUACAUUUGGCUUAGAUCAGGGGUCAGUGUUUUUUAAACCAAAGACCCUUUAACUGAAAGAGAGAUGGAGCAGGGACCCCCAACUACAGUACAUAUAUUGUACAAAAUGAAGUCUAAAAGCCCUUAUACAUACCUUUUAGUUAGUGCUAAGUUAACUUAGUUAGUUAAGUUAAAUAACUGCUGGUAUGAUUUUAUGAAUCAAGUUUGAUGUUAAACAUACAUGUGGCACAGUGAAUCCUUAGGAUAUGAAUGGGUACCAGUGAUUUCCUUGUCUCUGGUCAGUAAGCCUCAAUGUGUUUUUUUCACAAAUAGGCUGAUUUAUAUUUGCUUAUAAUAUGUUGUAUUUAUGUUGACAUUUUAAUUUUCGAAAAAACUUUCAAAAGUUGCAAAGAAACUCCCUUCAUUUAUUUUGCCUGAUGAAGGUCUAGUACUGAAACAUUGCUUACUAUUAACAACUACUACUAUGACCUACUAUUUAUUUUUGCAAGUUAGACAGUAUGCAGAAGGUUCUUUGCAACGUUUGACUUACUAAUUUCCCUCCAAAGCACCUCACAUAGAUGUGUAAAUUACUUUUUUUAAUUUGCUUACUUUUGGAGUUGCCGUAUAGAAAUAACUUACUUGAUCCUGUGAAAAGGAAAGUGUGCUCUAAAAACUGACCAAUAGGUAUAUAACCAAAAUGGGCACUUGAUUGUUCAACCAGCACUAUGUUCAGUGCCUGUUACUGGUGCUUAUGGCUUGGCUCAGUCUAAUGAAUCCCAUUGGCAGGAUUUGUGGUGGGAAGCCGGUAAGGGAUCACAUCCUCAACAGUGUACUGGUUACUCCUACUGAUUGGUUGUGGAAACUGAGUUGGACAUUUGGGGAAAAGCUUGAAUCAUUAAAGCUCUGCACGCCCUCCCAGUAAAUCUGGUGACUCCAUGUGUGUCACAGGUGAUACACAGCAGUUUUACACCUUCCAAGCCCAGUGGGGGAUAGCAAUGGCACAACGACAGUGAAGGGAAAAUUCCACAUUCGAAAAGCUAAAAACGAAAAUGAGUAGUCUAUUUAUUCUCUUUGCACAAUUUUUUUUUAACAAUCUGCAUGUUGUUUCUAUUGAAAGAUGGAUGUAGUGAAAUUUUUGUAGAGUGAAGGAUAACAGGGAUUUAAUAGCGUCAGUGAUAUCUGUGUUUCUGAUGUACUGUCAUUCUUCCUUUUUAUAACUGUUUCUGUCCUCAUGACCUGUCUUUCUCAGUCCCUUGGUGUCAUGUAUCCUCUAUUGACACAGUUUCCCUAUGGCCUAAUGUUGCAUGUUUCAAUAUUGCUGCUUUGUAUUGCAUCAAUUGAAAAUUUCCCAUCAUUACUAAAAAAUAUAAAUAUAAUAAAUGUGCCUCUAAGUUCCGGGAAUCUUGAAAACAGAACAGAUAACACUUCCAAUGUUUGUUUUUAAAUAUUAUAUACAAAAUACUAGGUCCACAUCUACUGUAUUUGUCUUGCUAAAGGUUAAUAAUAUUGUACAGUACCAGUCAAAACUUUUGACACGCUUUUUAAUUCAUUUGAAUGGGAAAGUGUGUCCAAACUUUUGACUGGUACUGUAAAUAUGCAUUAUAUGUAAAUUACAUGACACUUGUAUUGUAAUUCUGUGAUUUUAUUGUGAUCUGUUAUCACUCAUUGUAUUAAGCAAGAAGUUGAACUUGAAAUGCCUCCACCAUGUUUAAAAAUAAUGAUUCCAUUGCUGUAUAGAGGCUUCUUUUUGCAUAUGAUACUAAAUAUAUUCUGACACUGGACACAAUUAAUUGAUUAGCUCUAAAUAUAAGGGUAUAGGUACACCUUCAUCUUCCUUAUAAACAAAUUAAUAAAUAAAGCAACAAAACUGGCA